AUGGGGUUAUUCCAAAGUGUACAAUUAUACGCGCUCGAUUGUGAAAUGGUCCAAAAUUACCAGAACAGGAGCAUGGUCGCUAGAGUGUCCGUCGUCAACGAGAACUUGCAGGUUGUUAUGGAUUGUCUCGUACGGCCCACUUCCCCAAUCGUGGACUACAGGACUUGGGUGUCGGGAAUACAACCGGGGUACGAGGACGGUCCGAACGUAAAAGACCUUAGCUCCGUGAAGAAUCAACUGUUGAGUUUGUUAAGUGGGAACAUUUUAGUUGGGCACGAUUUACUGCACGAUUUCACCGCGCUGGGUCUUCAGCACGAUGAUGUUAGAGAUCUGGCGACAUACACGCCUUUCAUUCAAAAAUACGGACACAAGCCUUCUUUGAAAGCUUUGGCGAGGGAUGAAUUAGGAGUGAGCAUCCAUCUCGGAGAACACGACUCGGUUGAAGAUGCUAAAAUAGCAAUGGAGAUCUAUAAAAAAUACAGAUUUUAA